CACAGCGCAUAUUAAAAUUUGCACAUUUUGAUCACGCUGAACGAACUUAAGCGGGCUAAUGUGACCGCGGCCUUUGACCUGUCCUCUUAAGUCUUCCAAAGGGCGAACCACCGUCUCGGAAUCCGAAUAAGCGGAGAGGAUCAUCUCAUGACAGUAGGGUUUGAUACUUUGAAUAAAACCAUCCACUGAGAUAAGAAGUUCAACAUUUGGGGAGCGCUUUGUCUAUGGCGGACACUCCUAGGCGAAGAUAUUCAGAUUCUCCUUCACCUAGGCGAAGAUAUGGGCGAUCUCGGUCACGAUCUCGUUCACGAUCAAGAUCUCGAUCCCUAUCAAAAUCUCGUAGCCCUGCAAGGAGAGAUUCUUCAAAAGAUGAUGUAGUCAACCCUGGAAACAAUUUAUAUGUCACUGGUCUUUCUGCCCGUGUUGUGGAGAAAGAUCUUGAAGAACACUUUUCUCAGGAAGGCAAGGUGGUUGAUUGCCGGAUUGUGGUAGAUCCAAGAACCCGUGAAUCAAGAGGCUUUGGAUUUGUAACUAUGGAUACCCUUGAGGAUGCAGAACGUUGUGUCAAAUACUUGAAUAGAUCUACACUUGAAGGGCGUAUCAUCACUGUUGAGAAGGCAAAGCGAAAGAGGGCAAGAACACCAACACCUGGUUCUUAUCUUGGCGUUAGGGCUGCUGUUCGCCCACGUUCUUAUGGGGGGAGGUAUCGGGAGAGAGAUAGAGAUAGAGAUAGCUAUAGUUCACGUCGUUCACCGCACUAUUCACCUUAUCGUGGAAGUCGAGAACGAGAUUAUGACAGAGAUGGUUCUCCUAUUUACUCAGGUCGCAGUUACCGCAGGGAUAGGUCAAGAUCUCCAGUAUACUCCCCAUAUCGGCGGUAGUGCACCUUGUCCUUUCUACCAAGGAAUUUCAUCCAUAUGAAUUUUAAAACAAGAUGUCUGAUUUUAUGUUAUUGUUUUACAUCUUUACAUCUUUAUCAAUUUAAGUCGCAAAUGACUAUAAAUAUUUUAGAGGCUGCGUGCGUACAUUGGGAUAUUGGUUUGGCCUUAUGGCCUUAAAUUUUAUUUUUGUACUGAUUUGCAAAAAUAUAAAAAUUUGUGAAAAUAUUAUCAACUGCUUUUUCCCCGAA